AUGGAUAAGUCAUGGAUUACUAAGCCACUAUCAUCGAUUGCGUAUCAACAAGGGAUAAAAGAAUUUAUUGAUUUUUCAUUUAAAGGUGCAAAAGAAAAUGAUGUAGUAAUAUGCCCUUGCAAACGUUGCGGUUUUAGAAAAUCAAAGAGUAGGAGUGACAUGUUCGACCACUUAAGUUGGUCACCAUUUCCGCAGGGAUACACCAUGUGGAUCCAUCAUGGAGAGUCUUUUGUACGACCUAGUACUAUAUCCCCUAGUACUAUUCUAAAUAUGGUUGAAGAUACUAUAAUUGUCGAAGAUCCUAUUCAGAACAUGAUCAACGAUGCAUUUGGAGUUGAUAGGAAUCAUGCAAAUGAAAUACCAUAUGCGUCAAAUUUGGAGAUUGACCAAGAAGAUUAUGCGAUGCCAAGUGCAACUCAAGAAAGAAAUGAAGCCAAGGAGUACUAUGAAUUGGCUAGAGGAGGAGAACAACCUUUAUAUGAAGGGUGUCGACGAUAUUCAAGACUAUCUUUUUUGGUUAAGUUGUACCAUAUAAAGUGUUUAUGUGGAUUGAGUGAGAAGGCAAUGACAAUGACUUUAGAGUUAAUAAAAUAUGCAUUUGAAUAUGCAAACAUUCCAAGUUUGGGUGCACUUUCUGGGUGGAACACAUACACCGGACCUUUUUGCCCAUCAUGUAACUUUCAAACUACACCUCUCCAUCUUAAAGCUAGUCGUAAAUGGUGUUUUAUGGGUUAUCGCCGUUUCCUUGAUCGGAGACACAAGUUUAGAUUGAACAGGAUUCGCUUUAAUGGUGAACAGGAAAUGCGGAGUCCACCGAGAACAUUAUCUGGACAGUAA